CCUGUCUGGCACCCGGUGAUCGCCAAGUAAUACCAACGGGGAGCAGAGAACUGUAUGACAUGCUGCUGUGUAUUUCUCUGCACAGCAAAGAAAUACAAAGCAGCAUGUAUCCCUAGUAAAACACACACAGCACUUCAUGUAAAACAGCACACAGUUAACCCUUUGAUCAUCCCAGAUGUUAACCUCUUCCUGCCCAGUGUCAUUGGUACAGUGUCAGUGCUUUUUAUUAGCACUGAUCACUGUGUUAGUGUGUCACUGGGGAUGUCAGUGGCAGUUAGUCAGUUCCCCCCCAGUGUCAGAAUGCCUGCUGCAGUCCCGCUAUAA